AUGAUUAUAGCAGGUAGAUCUCGAGUUGUAACAAUCGAGUCAGAAGCUGAAUUUAACACCUUACUUCGCAAGAUUCAAGAUGAAUCCUUGCCAACAGUCUUUUACUUCACUGCUAUCUGGUGUGGGCCAUGUAGGUUUGUAUCUCCUCUUAUUGGAGAAUUGAGUGAGCAAUACACUAAUGUCACCACUUAUAAGAUUGGUAUCGAUCAAGAAGGUAUGGGGGAUGCAUUGGCAAAGUUAAAUAUUCCUGCUAUGCCACGCUUAAAUUUGCUAAGGAGUUUGGUAGUUGCUGAUCCGUCGCAAACAAUCAUUAGUAACAGAAUAGCGACGGAUUGGCCCGUCGCUAAAAUCCUUGUUUCUAGUAGUGAUAUCACCAUUGAUAACCACUUGGGUUGUGGUGACUUGGUAAGACAUGUGGAAGAUAUGGUGGAUAACCUAUUGAUUCAUGUUCAAAUCCUGACACUACUAAGCCCUUGUGGCCAUGGAGGUUCGUCUGCAGUGACUCCAGGGUAUGAGGCAAAGCCUCAUGUUCUCGCAGUUUGUUGGGAGAUUGGUGAGAUGGAGAACAGUAUUCUCUCCAUAUAUGAUGACGUCCUUCCUGCUCAUACUUCAGAUUUACAAAGGGUUGAUGAGAAGAUCACUGCUAAGUGUGAGAAGUUUCUUCAAGACUACAAACAGCGAUUUUUGCAAACGGAAGCCUUAUGUGAAUAUCUGCAACAGCGAGAAUUUGAAAUAAAGAAACAAGAACAGAAGCUUCUAAAGGACAAGAGAAAGUUAGAACUCAAGAAGAGAGCGCGAGAAGUGUCGUCAUGCAAACAAUUGGUCAACGAAUGUUACUCUUCGAGAAAAGCAGCAGAGGGUCUAAAGAGGGAAAUAGACAUGCUUCAUAAAAGAAGAGCUGAAUUGGAGGACAAACUCAAGGCUGAGAAUUUUGAAGUUCUUCAAAGUGAGAUCAUGCAACUUGAAAUGGCUAUACAGGUUAUAGAAGACGAUGAGCGUGAGCCUAUAGACCUUGAGGAAAAGUUGAAGAAUUCACAGAGCAAGUUGAUACAAAAGGAUGAACAACUUCAAGAGUUGAAAGAACAACUUCAAGAGUUGAAAGAUCGGGUUAACACUGUUUGUUUGGCAAUACAGAGAAAAAACGAUGAGAUGCAAGACGCACGUCAAGAACUCAUCCAUGGAUUGGAGAUGUAUCCUUAUUGUUCAUACGUAGGAAUCAAGACAAUGGGCGUUGUAGAUUCGAUGCCUUUCUAUUUUGGGUGUCAUUUAACCAAAAAAACAAGGAAGGAAACAAAGAAGAAUCCAACCAACUUAUUGGUUAAAUGCAGGAAGCUAGUUGAGGAUCAAAACUGGCAUCCCUUCAAAGUUGGAUCGGAUGAAAAGGAGAUUAUUGAUGAAGAAAAUGAGGAGAUGGUUAGGUUGAAGGCGGAGUGCAGUGAGGAACAGUAUCAUGCUGUUGUGACAGCGUUAAAGGAGAGAAAUGAGUAUGAGAUAAAUGGGAAACAUCCUGUGCAAGAGCUAUGGAACUACAAGGAAAAAAGGAAAGCGAGUUUGAAAGAAGGCAUAGACUGCAUCCUCGAAGCAUGGAAGAUUCAUAAGCAUCAGUAGGAAAUGUAGUAAAUGUUGGAUUGUUGGUUACCACUUUGAACUAACUUUUUGCAUAUAUAUAUAUUCGGCAUGUUUAUGGUGC